CGGCAGCAAAAACACCAAAUGCGCCGGGCGCUGGCCCGCAGGGGAGUCCGGAGUCCUCCAAGUGCCCCCGGGGGUGGGGGAGCGGCCUCCGCCGCGCUCUCGGCUCCGGGAGYGCAACGCGGAAGUACCACCUUCGUCGCCGCUUCACUCCAUCGCGCCUUGACGUUAGGAGCGAGUUCAGGGGAGGGGAGUGGGCGAGACAACAACACGCCUCCGCCGCCUGCUCCUCCGCGUCGACGUCGUCCUCCUGUGGUGGCGGCGACACCCCGCGGUCGCCUCGGAAGUGGCCUGGGCCUGACAACAAGUCCCGGCCUAAGGCCUCGCGCACUCUUGCGGCCCGCGGGGACGGGCGCCGGGGCGGGGCGAGGCGGGGGCGACCGGGCUGCGGCUCACGGUUGGGGCGGCAAAAGCAGCGGAGCUGUCCCUUUCCUUCUCUCCCCCCCCACUCCACGAGGAAGCUCUGGGUGUGCAGCUGCCGACCCCGAUUCGCUCCUCCCCUUCCCUCUGCGCUCCUCGUCAGGAGGAGGGCUACGGGACUUGGUGGUGGGGCCCUAACCUCCACAACCCCUCCUUCUCGCCUUGCUCUCUCGGCUUUUCCCCUCAGCCCAGACGCAAAUCCGGGAGCGCGCACGCACGUCACGCUCCGACAAAGCUGAAGGUGGACACAAUAUUUUUAUGUGGAGGAUCGAACCCAGUGCCUCGCACAUGUCGGGCCAGCGCACUACCAUUUGAGCCGCAUCCCCACCCCUUAAUUCUUGGUUCUUAAACACUUGGUAACUCUCCAACAUUCAUGGUACAAAUAAUUUUAAUCAGCUUGAUGUCACUUUAUCACAGAUUGGACUGAAUCUAAAAUAAGACUUCACUGACAGAAUACAAAGGGUGUUUGUUUGCUAAAGGAUAAAGGAAAGGGAAUAUAGGUAAUCAAGUCAGAGUAUUUCCCACAUGACGUCCACACAGUGGGACCUGUGCAACCAGAAAAAAAAAAUGGAAAGACAUUGGGAAACUGAAUAGAAAAAUAGAAGAUGUCUAAACCAAUUUUUCCCUUGAAUGUAUU